UUCAUCAAAGACUAUGCCAGAGUAGUUCAGCCACUUAAUGAGUUACUGGUGGGACACCCAACAGCGAAAAGAAAGAACCAGGGAAACAGGAAGAAAAUACCAUGGUUAUGGGAUCUGGGAAAUUAAAUCAAGAUGUAGACGGGUUAUCCAGACGUCCAUAUCAUCUCCAGAUUUUUCCAGAGGCUGUCAAAGCAGUUUGUCAAGCAGCUCUCAUUGACCGAGAACAACUUCCAUUAGCUGAGAGUCUACUCAUUACAGACACUGGUCAACUCAACCCGGAUAUGACUGAAAUAGAAUCACAGGAACUGAGUACCGUUAACUGGAAAGAGAAGCAGGAUGAACAUCCAGUGAUAAGUAAGGUUAAGUACUUGUUAACAACUGGUGAGAGGUUAGAUUCUGAGAAUGUUGAUAUAGAGACAGAGGAGGUUAAGAAGUAUCUUAGAGAGAGGAAAAGUUUUGAGAUAAGGAAAGGUGUAUUGUUCAGGAAUACACAGAUGGAUGGGAUGAAUAUAAGGCAACUUGUUUUACCAAAGAGUAUGAUAGGGACAAUUUUCAAAGGUUUACAUGAAGAUAUAGGACAUCAGGGAAGGGAAAAGACCAGUUGGCUUGUCAAGAAGCGUUUCUAUUGGCCAGGAAUGAAUACUGAUAUGAGAGAGAAAGUUGGGCAUUGUGGGCGAUGUGUUAGAAGUAAGACCAGGGAACAUCCUAGAUCAGAGCUUGUUACCAUCAAAACAUCGCAGCCAAUGGAACUAGUAUGUAUAGAUUUUCUUUCUUUAGAGAAGUCCAAGGGUAACAUUGAGGACAUACUAGUUAUUACAGAUCAUUCACAGGACGAAAGACCAUCUUUCAGCAAUCGCUUAAUGGUGGCUUAA